AUGGCAGGGAUGGCGGUUAAGGAAAGCGGCACCUCGCGGUGCGACAUCACGCCACUGCAGCAAAUCCUGGCAUCAGGGACCGGAGCUCUCCUCACCUCACUAUUCGUGACCCCCCUGGAUGUUGUGAAGAUCAGGCUGCAGUCCCAGAAGAAGCCGUUCUCCAAAGUAAUGUCUGUAAAGUCUCUUCCCUGGGCACCCCCUUUGCGCCACCCUAAAUGGCGCUGUUUCCUGUAUUGUAAUGGACUCAUGGACCAUCUGUUUGUGUGCCAGCAUGCCACAGCUUGCAGCACUUGGUACCGCGCACCCACCUACUUUCAUGGAACUUUGGAUGCCUUUGUGAAGAUCACACGCCAUGAGGGGUUAACAUCGCUUUGGAGUGGCCUUCCCCCCACACUGGUGAUGGCUGUACCUGCAACCAUUAUCUAUUUCACUUGCUACGAUCAGCUGAGGGACUUUCUGUAUUAUGGUCUGGGGUACAGUGGCAGUCACAUUCCUCUCAUCGCUGGAGCUCUCUCUCGUUUGGGUGCGGUGACAGUCAUCAGUCCACUGGAGCUGAUCCGUACUAAAAUGCAGUCCCGCCAGCUGUCGUACAUCGAGUUGGGAGCCUGUCUGCGAUCUGCUGUAUCUCAGGGUGGUUGGCUGUCGCUGUGGAAGGGAUGGGGCCCAACAGUGCUGCGGGAUGUGCCAUUCUCAGCCCUGUACUGGUUUAAUUAUGAGCUGGUAAAGAAGAAGCUUAGUAAGUCGCGGCGAGCCUCAGAGAUGCCAUUUCUCAUCAGCUUUACAUCAGGAGCAGUUUCCGGAGCUGUGGCGGCCGUUUUCACUCUGCCGUUUGAUGUCGUGAAGACGCACAGACAGAUCGAACUGGGGAACAUGGAGAUAGGUAAAGGUCAUCUAAACAUAGGGGGAUCGUCCACAUGGGGAGCCAUGCGCCGAAUUCGUGCCGAGUCUGGAACCCGCGGUCUCUUUGCAGGGUUCAUGCCUCGAGUCAUCAAGGUUGCCCCAGCCUGCGCCAUCAUGAUUAGCUCUUAUGAGUUUGGGAAGAAGUUCUUUCAACAGCGGAACCAGGAGAGGUUAAAGGCCCUGUAA